AUAAUAAGAAGACAUAGGUCGUUUGGAAAACAAAGCAAGCGGGCAGCUUCAAGUGGAAGUGACACGUCCGAUUCGGCGAAGAGCAGCGAUGAAGAAAACAACGUAACUUCUCCUCGCAACAGAAAAGGUAUUUUUAAGAAAAAAUGUAUUUAAAAAGGGCAGAAUUGCUGCAUACCAUGCAUUUAUUUCUCUGUCAACUCUUAGAGCAUGCGCGCGCUCAUUCGCUGCCACUUUCAAGCCAAGUAACCCCAACGAUCUCAUCUGAGGUUUGCCUUGAGUUUUCAAAGUCUCUCAUUAAAUUCUCGCCAUCAAACGUUGUUCAUUUGUAAUGGAGCAGUAAUGUUAUAAGGCGAAUUAUGAUCACAUUUUCACAACUGAUUAGCAGGGAAAAGCGGAAGACUAGCGACAGUAGCCCUAACGUUUUCUUCGAGGAUAAAGGUUUGACACUCUGGACCAAUUUCCGUGUUGAUACUUAAUUCAAAAUAAGUAAUGAUGUAUUGUUCUAAUUUUUAAUUCACUGAUUACAGCGAAUUUGCCUUGCUUGUUACGUAUAAUUAAUUAAGUAGAGCAAUCGGUAAGAGAGCAUUUAGAAAAGACACUGUUCACAUGAAAGUCCAAAGUUGAAAGUCCUUCGGGAUUUCAUUAGUUCUAAUUUGAUUGGUUCUGCAUCUAAUGGGCCUAGUGAUUGGCCGAGAAAACACUUGUCACUUAACCAACCAAUCAGAUGGAAAAAAAAGUCCUUGCGGACCGUAAUUACAUUCACCCACAUUUUUAACAUCUUGACAAUGUCUACUAUAACUACGAUAAAGGUUUUUAUUGUGCCUUCCAAUUGAAACAAACAAUCCUAUUAUACUCCAUUAAAUCACCGACAGACGAACAGUGAUUCAAAAAGCAUCGCACUGAUUCACCCGAGCAGACAAUAGCUGACCAUGUAGUUUCCCCGAGUCAGUCGUGAACAUUCUAUAAACUAGACUAGUUGUAAUUUAAGAUAUGCUACACAACGCACUAUUAAAAAAUAUCAAUGAGGUAAAAUUCGAAUAAAAUAAGAGUCCUAUCCCACCUCUUUUCCCCACACCAGCCUCCUAAUCUUUAAAGGCUCCUUUUUUCUAUCUCCCCGUGAUGGGGAGGUUUAACGAUAAAACAAAUCACAAUUAGCAAGGUCAAUCUCUUCUAUGUGUUUAACAGUUAUCAUAUGCUUACAGUAUCAAGGUGUGAGUAUGAAAGCGAUCUUCGCAGUAAUGAACACUACUUCCGCAGUAGUGAAAAUAAGGCCUGAAAAAAAUUCAGGCUUGUACGGGAUUUGAACCCAUGACCUCUGCGAUACCGGUGCAGCGCUCUAUCGCAGAGGUCAUGGGUUCAAAUCCAUGCAAAUUUUUUUUUUUUCAGGCCUGAAUUUUUUCAUGCCUUAUUUUCACUACUGUUUAAGUAGUGUUCAUUACUGAGAAGAUCGCUUUCAUGCUCACGUCUUUAUCCGCAGUUCAAAUAUAUGACUGUCAUAUAUUCACAGUCGAGUAUCAAGGUGUACAAAAAAGUUGAAGGGAAAAAAAAGUUAACCACGUUAAAUUUGGAUAUUACCAUUACUGAUAGUUGUCACUAACGAUGCGGGCGUCUUUUGUCGCACUUUUAUUUUUUUUAAACCGCACAGGACGCAAGCGAAAUCAGGAGGUCAAUAUUGUACCGUGUAAGAAGAAAAAGCUUCCUAAUGAGGACUCAGGUGAAAAGGAAACGAGUAAGCUUGAUCUUAUCGAGAACAGGAUAAGAACGCGGAUCAAAGCACGUAUCAGAGCGAGACUGAAGGUGAGAGAGGCAGAAGAGUUGCGCCUUCUGGAAAUCAAGGCUCUCAAAGAGAAUGGAUGGUCCAAACUUAUUCCUUAUGAAAUACUGCUGAGGAUUUUCAAGCAAGUUGUGAGCGACACCGGACCAGUUCCUUUCUUAUGCAGGUACGUUUCAUUCCAUUUUCCUCAUUUUAAUGGUUGCAAUUAGAGGGCAUUGGCUAUUAGGUCUCCUGAAGGUGUUGUUUGGUUUACCCUGAACAAUUAAACCUAGAUUUGUUUAGAUCAUCAAGAUUAUCAUUUGCAGUUUAAGUCAACACAUGCUUCCCCACCCUCAACUAACCUCGCUCUUUUUCAGGUCUAUUCCAUUUAGUAUGGAGUUCUUCUUCCUACUAAGGAGUCAUAUUUUGUGAUCUUCCUUACACCGAAGGCGAUUUUAUACCAUCCAAAAAUAAGCAUCUAAAAAUGUUAUGACCUAAAGCCUUUGCAUACAACUGAGAGAGGUAUUUCGGCAUUUUAUGUCGAGAAAGACAUUAUUCAAAGUAGUCUAUACUCACGACUUAGCACUACAAACAACUGUGAGCACUUGAAACUGACUGUAACUUACGUACAAAAUAUGGUAUGCUUAAAAAGAACUGCUUCCCUAAGAAAUGCGUACGCACUGCGUAAAACCACUUCCUGUCAGGGAAACGCCCCAACUGAUUGAAUUGAGUAGUAUGGGCUUAAGUAGUCCUAAAAAGGACUGUUAUUGGUGAGACUAACAUUUCGACAAUCUGAGCAGGUCAUCAACAUCGUCAAGUGAAGAAUUGUUACUCAGCAGUCGAGCGUUCCAAGUGUAUACAUGGGGUAAAUUUCUGAAGAAACUGUAGUGCUGGGUCAGUGGAAGGGGGCUAUUAUUACAAAAUAAUUUGGUUUUAUCGGUGAGUUGAUUAUGUGAAUUGCCACCGUAAAGAGUUUUUAAAGCUGAAAUUUCGAGCGUCAGCCCCUACUCAGAGGAAUUGUGGGUUAUGUGUGGUUUGAGGUUUGGUUAAUGAAAACCGACUGAUUAGUAAGUUUGGCUGUGAUAUCAUUGGCUACAGUAUUCGCGUGGUUUUAUUAUUUACAAAUGUCUUUUGCUAAUUUUGUGUUUAAAUAUAAAUGCAGGAUGUCUAGGGUCUGUCAAAGCUGGAAGCAAGUUGCUUCAGAAACAAUGUUGUGGAGAGAAGUCAAUUUAUCGACAAUGAGCAUUGAAUGUCCAAGAUCUGCUAUCGACUCCACGAUUGUAAAGUUAGCGGUGUCACGACUGAAAAUUGUCAGAGAAUUGAACCUUGAUGGGUGGAGUGAGUUGACAGAUGUAGGACUGAAGGUAGGGAAAGAGUGUUCAGCUUCUAAAGAUGGAAACUAAUUUUGUCUGUGGUUGUGCCCGUAAGUAAGCAGCAUAUCUAUUAUGUCCAGCCAGCCUGCCUUAUUGUUGCCCAAUGCCCCACAGGGAAUUCAGCGUCUUGUCAAUUGCGUAGCCUAUUACAUCACAAGUUUUCCGAGAGCUUCUCCUAGUGAUGCUGAAACUGUUUGGUGUCGCCGAUAAGCGGAGAAGACCGCUGAUUAUUGAUCACCUUCAUCCGUUCUAUUUCUUUAAUUUGUUAACUUAGGCCAUAGGAAAACACUGUCACUCUCUGCAGUCCAUUGUGUUAUCCCAGUGUGGGAGUCUGUCGUCCAAAGGUAUCUCUACUCUGGUUUCAAAGUGUCGCCAGCUGAAGAUGCUCGAUGUCGCUAUGACAAAGGUAAUACUCAUACAUAACAAGCAGAAAAUUUGUAGCGCAAGCCGCAACGAGUUCUCAUGCGUAAGGCAGUUUAGCCUUUCUUUUACGCAACGUUUUAGUUAGGUGUGUCCACAACAUUUCUUACACCAAUUUUCCAUUUACUUAUAGCAAUCACCAAUAAGCAUCGUUGUACUACAGAGCGACUUUUCGAAGGAUAUCCCAUGUAAUCCUUUUUCCUUAAAUUACUGUGCAAAUUUGUGUAACAAGUUGGCCAGUUUGAGGACUCUUAGAUAUUGUAUGCCUCAAGAAGUUAGCAGGUGUAGAGCUGAAAUUAAUCGCUUUGCUCUCGGUUAAUGUCAUAUAUUUUGUGUGCAAUGUGAAAAAGGUUUUACGCCUUUGAUUUUUACGGAUUAUAGAUUGACAUCGCAAGUCUCCAUCGUGUAACUAAGCGAUUAGGAAAUCAGCUGGAAGAGCUUUGCUUGAUGAACUGCAGUCGGUUGGGAGGCGAACAAGUUCUUCCUAUAAUACAGGUUUGUUAUAAAACCUAUUUGUGAACCGUUAUUGCUGUUGUUGUCCUGUCAGUCAUUAGAACAUGGGCUGUAAGAAACGAGGCCACUAAAUUCUACGGAUAAGUUUCUAUAAAAUUCUGCGACUCCCGAGAUAAAACGUAUAAACUUAGGGUUGGGAAUCUCCACCACCAGUCAAGAGAGGGUGGAAUGUAUGUUCUCGUUUUCCGACUCUCGUGGAAACUGAAAAGCUUUGAUCCAAACCGGAUUGUUUAUGGAAGUUACGCCAUUCAGCCUCAUACCCAUCACAGAAAUAGAGAUGAACCUUUACAUAAAUCCAUAGAAUUAACAUAUUGUAUCAGUCUGCUAAAAACUCAUCCACGCUGUGUGCCAUUUUUUUGCAGGAGCGUUGUCCGAGCUUGACUGUCCUUGAUUUAACUGGUACCAAUAUCAGAAAACUUAAUGUAGAAAAGCUCCAGGUAAGAAUCAAAGUAAGGUACAUUUAAAUUCUCCAUCCUUUUUCAUUUCAGUUUAGUAGAGUAGAGUAGAGCAUCGGUACAGGGAAUCUGAUAAAGGUUCCAGGUUUGAUAUCCGAUGGGAACUUAAAUCUUUCAGUUUCUCUGUCCAACGCUCGUGACAAUUACGACGAAAAAAAAUUUAUCUUUCUUUGAUUUUCAGGCUGGUUGUCCAAAGCUGAAAGAACUGUUCCUUGCCAACCUACUUCUUCACUCAACUCCUAUAAGCACUGAUGUGGUAGUAUUCCAUAUAAACUUUAAGAUUAAUCUAAGAUUACAGGACUAGAUAAUAUCUCUGCUAGGUUGAUUCGUGAGUGUGCUGGUAUUAUUUCAGGCCCGUUAUGCGGUCUAUUUAGUAAAUCCCUGAUGUCUGGCAUAUUUCCUGACGACUGGAAAUGUGCCAGAGUGACUCCGUUUUUUAAACGAGGCGAGUAAUCUGACUUAAACAACUACCGACCUAUCUCAGUCAUUUCCGUAGUCGCCAAUGUGUUCGAGAGGAUUGUGUACGAUCAGUUAUACAACUUCUUGAGUAAACAGUGAAGAAAUCAGCUCUAAACAACAAUCUGGUUUCCGGUCUCUACACUCAACUGUUACUGCACUUCUAGAAGCCACUGACAGUUAGGCGUUUAAUAUCGAUCAUGGCUACGUCAAUGCCGUAGUGUUUUUCGACUUAAAAAAGGCAUUCGACACUGUUGAUCAUGAGAUGUUACUAACUAAAAUGAAUCGGUGUAGAAUUCAAGGUAAAACUCUUGAUUGGUUUACAUCGUAUUUGACAAAUCGUACACAACGGUGCUCAGUUAACGUUUGUCUCUCUGACCUCACCACUGUUAAAUGUGGUGUGCCACAGGGAACGAUCCUUAGCCCUCCUUUAUUUCUAAUUUAUAUCAACGAUUUGCCUGACUAUCUUUCGUUCAGCAUACCUAGAAUGUAUGCUGAUGACACCCACAUUACUUAUGCUGGUUCUGAUUUGCAUUGGAUUCAGUUUAGUCUAUCUCACGACCUUGAAAAGCUAAGCAAAUGGCUUGUGUCUAACAGAAUUACUUUGAACGCUACAAAAACUGAAUUUAUGUUGAUCGGCUCCAGGCAAAGAUUAAGUGCUCUAUCUGAUACACUCGAACUCUCCAUUGAUAAUAUUCCGAUUGAACAAGUUUCCUCUAUGAAAUCACUUGGAAUAUAUAUCGAUGAAAAUUUAACGUGGCAUUCCCAUAUUGAUAAACUGUGUAAAAAGAUCGCAUCUACAAUUGGAGCCACUUUGAUUACUGCAGCCUAGUCUGGGGUAAUUGUGGUAAAACAUCAUCUAACAAGCUACAAAAACUACAAAACCGUGCUGCACGAGUAAUAACUUCGUCAAACUAUGACGUAGAUGUCGAUUCUUUGUUUUACAAACUCAGCUGGAAAGACUUGAAAUCUCAACGUUGCUGCCCAACAUACCAAAAGGCAUAACGGCAGUCAGUUAAUGAGUUAGUCAUUAAGAAGCAAAUUAUGGCCGUGACUGUGUUUUAGAUAUCUUGUAUUAAUAAGCAAAAAUCUUGAUGAUAUUUUGACUUGGUUUGCCUCUUCAGCUAAAUGCACACUAAUAUACGAGGAUUCGGUGAUUCGCUAUCACCGUAGAUCGGUAACGUCAAACAUUCAUAACGCGUUUUCGUCACAUAUCAUUCGCUGACGAGCAUUUUUUCCAUCUCCAGGAACAGAAUGGGUUUCCCCAACUAGAGACACUUUGCCUGGCCUGUGGUUGUUUUGCAGGGGUUCCAAGGGUUGAUCGCUUUUUGUUCAGGUUUGUGAUAUAUUUAAUUCUGCUCUGCAAAGAAACUGUCGGUAGCCUAAUCAAAAAUCACUCGAUUUGGAAAGAACUUAAACAGAAUUUUGGAUUUUUCGGCAAAUAUAGACAAUGACUGACAUUACUAGUAAUGGGAACCAGCUUUCCAUUCAACCUUGCUCGUUCCCUGCCUAGAGAAUAAUGCGCACGUUCCAGAAUACGUUCAAUAUGUUUUUAAAAUCGACUGUGUUCACUUUUGUAUGAUCCGUAGACUCUUGAGAACGUCGACCAAUCUCAAAAAGCUAGACGUGAGAGGAUUACAGAGAAUCACCCCUGAAGGAUUACAGGUACAAAUAAACCGAACUUUGUCUAAACUCCCUCGAUGCCGUCUUUGAGAUGUAACGCACCGCUGGCCGAGCGUUGCGUGACAUCUCUUUAAAAUAGGACUUCAUGACACAUCGAGCUCAACCAAGCUGAGCGAAAAACAGGGCCACCAACAACUCUUUGACCCAAGCGCACUUGGUGCUUGUUUAUGACAUUUGUUUAAUUGUUUUUGUCUUCCUUUAUUAUUAUUGCUGACUCAGUCUUUUUGAAAAUUUAUUCAAGAAUCUUUCAAUUUUUGUUCUGCAGAGUUUACCAGUAACUUCUCUUACGGAGUUGUUUUUCUCGGACACACACGCUACAUUUGCUCUGAUGUCAGCUGUCAUUCAGCAGGUAAUAUCUUCUAUGACGUCAUGUGCCGAGAGAAACCUUGGCCAAACACCCGAGAGAGUAGUUUUCUCGAUAUUCCAGUGGUGAUAAACGAAAAAAAAAUCUCCUAUCUGUGGAAAACUUUUCGAUGAAGAGUUGUAAAUCAGAACCAAUGUAUCCAUAACGACCGACCAUAUCCUAAAGAAAAUACUUGUUCUCUGAAGCGUGGUGAGAUAUCUUUGGACCAAUCACAGAACGGGGUAGAGUAAAACCACUGUAAUUCGAACCUAUCCUCUCAACUCGUUCAGAAAUCUCUUCAUCCUCUGAAAGUUUCACCAAUUUUGUCUUUAACUGGUUAUAGAGCUUUCCCAAAAUUACUUCCGUUUCCACAUCAACUUGUUUGUAUCUUUUUUAAUUUCAGUGGCAUCAUAGUUUGGAGAUUUUGGACAUUUCCUCCAACAGUGGUGUUAGUGAUGAGUCUAUGGUGCUAUUGAAAAACUCUGGAAUGCCCAAGCUGUACAGUUUAGAUCUUAGUAGCACAAAUGUUACAGCCGAAGGUGUGAGGUGAGUGCUUACUUCCCUAACGCUUUGUACGUCUGUGUAGAAUACAGGGAUAUAAAAAGUUCUUUUAAUGCAAUGUUUUCUCAAUAAAUUAGCGGCGCUCGAUAUCUGACGGCACAGAGCGUUCUCAAUCAAGCCCCGCACCAAAAAAUCGAUAAACAUCAUGGCAAGACAAUUUUCGCUUUGAGAAAAAAGUCAGAAAUGAUCUUUGAUAUGCAGCUGCAGGAUUGUAAUUUUGUUGUUGCGCACACAGCUAGAUUUGAAAUUACGAACAUGAUAAGUUUGGCAGAGUGCAUGGGCAGGCUGGUUGCGCCGGCGACAUCGCAGACAUAAUUGAAUGCCUCUUUUUCUCACGUGUGUAGAAAAGCUUUAAAUGCCAGCCCAAGACUCAGGCAUUUAAAUUUGACGUCAUGUCGUGGAGUUCCCAGAGGUCUGAAGCAAUGGCAUGGCGGAGCUAAAAUUCAAAGUUUGUUGAAUACAUUGGAAGAACUGGAGUCUGGGGCGAACAGCGAACAGCGACGAAGCGGGUGA